AUGGCUAAGACUGUACAGAUAGGUUCACCACACAAAGCACUUCCUGUUUGUGAGGUGAUUACGACCCCGCUUCUUCAGGUUACCGGAGAUAGGUUACGACACUCGACCAUUGUAAUGCAGGCCCAACAACCUUUCUGUGACUCCUGUUUGUGUAGGGCAAAAACAUGCGUGGCUACUUGUAACGACGGUUUCCGCUUCCGGUCAAUGACUUUAUUGGAAAGGAGAGUAUGUGACGUCAUUGACGGCCAUUGGUUUAAUGGCGGGAACACGCUCCCUCAGUGUGUAUCUAAAGAAUCUCUGAGUAGCGAGAAUUGUCGACCGACACAUCCUCCAGAAAACGGCAUUGUUCGGUGUGAGCACAAGGACACACGAUUGGUCUGCACGGGAACCUGUGACGACGGUUACACAUUUGUUACCCAUGAGACAACAGCCACGAGGAUAUGUGACGUCACGAGUGGGGAGUGGGAAUCGGGCAAUGUCCUCCCGGCUUGUAAAGUUGCAGUCGUCGGUAACUGUACGCUACCCAGCCCGCCUCGUAACGGAAUGAGCAAGUGUAUUGUGCAAGGCUCCGAACUUGUUUGUACCGCUGUGUGUUUCCAUGGAUACGCUUUACCUGUCGCUUUAGAUAACGCCAAGCACGUGUGUACAAUAGCAGAUGGCGUAUGGUAUGACGGGAUGUUUUCAUUCCAAACCUGCCAGGCUAUAACUGCGACAGACCAGUGUCGUUUUCUGAAUGUAUCACGUGAUACAGCAGCUAGCACGUGUCACCAGCACGGUGCAGACUUAGUCUGUGACGUCGAGUGCACUAAUGGAUUCACGUUCGAGACUCAUGACGUCACGGUAAAGCGGAUCUGUGACCGUCUGACAGGCACGUGGUACACCGGUAGCUCCGUACCGCGAUGUGUCUCGACAUGUGAAGAGCACCUCAUUUCCGGAAAUAGCAUUUUCUCGGCUUCAAGUUCAUGGACAGGUUUAGCUGGAGUCUAUUUUGGGCCGGACAGGGCAAGACUGACCUCUGGUCCUGAAACUGUCAAAAACCAGAACCUAAGUGGGGGAUGGCGACCGGCAAACGAUGAUCUCGGCCAGUUCAUUCAGGUGAAGCUGGAAAGGCUAAGCCGGAUAACAGGCAUCGUUACUAAAGGCCGGGGUGUAAGUUCUGGUGACACCGCCCAAGAUGUGGUUACUAGGUUCCGAGUUCUCUACAGCACCGACGGAAGGUCGUUUGUACCGUACGGAAGCGAGACUGUAACUGAUAUGUUUUUCAGUGGUAACAGAAACACGUGUAAUGAGAAGGUUAACUGGUUUUCGUGUCCGUUCGCGGCACUGUACGUCCGUAUUAACCCAAUAGAUUGGAAGGACCACAUCGGACUAAGGUUUGAACUACUUGGAUGUCCUGCCAGUGAAGAAUCUGUACUAACCACAAGUUUCAUCAGCAAUACAACUCCUACAACUGUUACAUCAGGAACAAGUCCCGAACCAAUGUGUAAUUCAAUACUGCCCCCGAAAAAUGGCGUCAUCAACUGUGAAGACAGGGGAACGUCGCUUGUGUGUACGGCCCUGUGUAAGAACGGCUGGGCGUUUACCACUGGAGACUUCCUCGUAAAUAAACGUUGUGACCUUAACACUCAUACUUGGACAGACGACCAACCUUUCCCCGCCUGCUACAGACUGCCCUAUGUUACAACGACGACCAGCCUUAAGCCCAUGACACAUGAUUGUAUCGGCAGUGCAGACGACUGUCACCGCAAAGUAAAUGGCGACUAUCACACUUGUGAUAACUGUCACUACUUCGCCAGCUGUUCUGAGGGAUAUACCUAUGUCCGAGAAUGUCCUGACAAUCUCGUGUUUGACGCAGUUAUUGGGAGCUGUCAGUAUCGUUCAACAACGUGUACAGAACUUUAAUUAAACGUCGUUUACCUUCUUAUUUCGCAUUGGAGCUGUGAGAAAUUGAAUCAUAUCCUGGAAACAUACCAGUUAUACAUAAACAUGUAAACAAUCGUUUGAAGGGGAAUAUGUUCUUAUUUCAAAGACAUCAUGCUCCAAGGAAAGGACACACAUUUUCUCGAUUCCCUCUUGGAAAGGCUGUCACUUCUGUGUUUUAUCGAGAAAUAUAACGCUCAUUAGAAAUCAAAUGAUA